AUGACAAUUGUUGCCAAUCGAGCUGUUACUUUCGUCAACAACAAGAGUCUGCCUGUGAUUUCGUCGCAAGAAAUUGAUCUGGACACUUGCUAUGGAGACAACGAGAUCGUCGUCAAAGUCCACGCAGCGGCUUUGAACCCUAUCGAUUGGUUAAUGUACCAACUUGCAUUUUCGUGGUUUGCAGGAAGCGAGAAGAAGACGUUUUCGAGGGAUUACAGCGGUGAGAUUGUCAAAGUCGGCUCGAGCGUUGAGAACUUCGAGAUCGGGGACAAGGUUGUUGGGCUAUUUGAGCAUAUUUUGGGGCCCCAGGGAUCCCUCAGCGACUACUUGGUGUUUAAUCCUACGAAACAAUGCGCCUUGACCAAGAUGCCGGCAUGCAACGACCCCAAGUACAGCGAUUACGUUCUCAAUGCAGCCUGGCCUCUCGUUUUCGGCACAGCCUACAAAAUUCUGUUUGGCUACGGCCAGAAACUGGGUCCCGGCUCCAAGAUCCUCGUCAUUGGCGCUUCCACGUCCGUUUCGAACGCGCUGGUGCAGAUUGCGAAGAACUAUCUAAACGUGGAAACCGUGGUGGGGAUCUGUUCCAAGAAAUCGUUCGAGUACAACAAGGCCCUGGGCUACGAUCAUUUGGUGGCUUACGACGAGGACAAUACCGUGGAGAAAGUGGUUGGUCUGGUGAAAGAUAAGUUCGAAAACGGGAAAUUCGACCUUGUUUUCGAUUCCGUUGGAAACAGCGAUUUUUUCCCCCGCAUCCACGACGUGUUGAAAAGCAGAAACGAGGGAUCCUAUUAUUUGACCAUCGCGGGCGACCACAAGAUUAAAUACGCCAAUCUAAGCCUGUGGUCUAUUCUCCAGCCCAGCUGGGAAAUGCUCAAGAGGUACGGUCCAUUUCGCAAGUACAACUAUGCAUAUGUGCUUUUGAACAAGAACCCGAAGGCCAUGGCGCUGGGCGCUCAGCUGAUAGCGGAAAAGAAGUACAAACCCGCUAUUGAUUCUGUUUACGAGUUUGGCGACUACGCUGAUGCUUUCAAAACGCUUUGUUCAUAUCAGGUCAAGGGAAAGGUGGUUGUGAAAAUUGAUUGA